GAUAUAGGGGUGAGAGAGAAGAGGGGAGCGUGACCAAGAGAGGGUGAGAGGGAUUUGCAACCGAGAGGAGAGAAAGAGAGGGGGCAGUGACACUCAGUGACAGAGAACCAUACACACUCACAUAUGCACAUCUCUCUCUCUCUCCCCCUCUCUCUGUAUUUGUCUCUUUCUGUGUAAGCGUGUCAGUUCGUCACUUUAGUCACUUUUGUGGGGGAAAUGGUGAGAGGAUCUCCAAACCAAUCAUCCCAUCCAUGACAUACGUUCUCUCCCUCUCCUCUGGGCUGAAGCCAGGUUGAGGCCUCUGUGCUCCCCAUCACAGGUCUGUCUCUGUCACAGUCCAUUGGGGGCAUGAGGGGGUAAAAUUAAUGUGUUGAGUGCUGGAAGGGAACCAGUGGAAACAUCAAUCUGACAGGAUCAAGAAGAAACAUACAGAGACUCUUUUUCCACAGGCAACAGUCACCAGUCAGCCCAUUACUGGAUUCCCAGGGCCCUCUGGGAGUCUGUUGCUGUGUGCGGACUGCAUAAAGACAGAGAGGUGGAUUAACUCACAACCCUGACCCACAGACAGACAAACUCGGUCUGUUCCCAAAGCAGUGGCCAUGUCGUCUCCCUCCCUCCCCAUGCCCCCUCUCCCCCCCAGUCCGCUGGCCAUGGAGUACCUCAAUGACUUUGACCUCCUCAAGUUUGAGGUGAAGCCAGACACUCCUCCUCUCCCUCCCUCCUGUACGUUCCCCAAAUCUAGCCUCCCGAAUGAUCCCUCCAGUUCCCCCGGCCCUUACACCAGCCACCCUCCCCAGGACCCCUCCAGUUCCCCUGGCCCUUACACCAGCCACCCUCCCCAGGACUCUAGCCUCAACUCCAGCCCAUACAACUCCCUGCCCCCGUCUCCAACGCUGAGCGAUGCACACCCUCCUCCCUCUGCCUCCUCCUCCCUCUCCUCCUCCUCCUCCUCUAUCUCCUUCCCAUUGUCCAUGUCCAACAGCUACACCUCUGGCAUCAGUUCUGGCUCUCAGGGGAACGUGGAGGGUAGCCCCUCCCAUGUGGGCGCUCAGGGCCCCAACCCUGCCUCUUUGGAGGACCUGAUCUGGCUGGCGGCGCUACAGCAGCAGUUUGGAGGGGAGGCGGUGGGCCCGGCGUCCCUGCUGGGCGCCUUGGGGGGCGGGUCAGAACGGGGAGACAGAGAGAGGGGUCCAGUGGGAAACUUCCUGGGCUGUGAGGAUGCGGUGGAGGCACUGCUGAACUCAGCUGCAGCCGCUGUCAGUUCCCAGUUUCCAGGGAUUUCCCAGAAUUCCAGCAGCAACCUGGGGGAUUCAGGAAGUGACAGCGGGGGUGAUAUGUCCUGCACCAAAGGGACAGAUAUGUGCCAUCGUCCACUCCUCUACCUCUCCUCUGCACCUCAAUCGCUCCCUAACCCGAAUUCCUCCUCGGCAGCCUACCCACAACCCCAGAGCCCCUCUGGUCGGCUUCAUCAUCAUCCCCAUCAUCAUCAUCACCACCCACAUCAUCCCAUGCAUGGCCAUCAACAUCACCAUCAUCAUCACCUCCAAUGCGGGGGGGUGGAUGAGCGCUUCUCAGACGAGCAGCUGGUGAGCCUGUCGGUGCGGGAGCUCAACAGACACCUGCGGGGCGUCAGUAAGGACGAGGUGGUGCGUCUCAAGCAGAAACGGCGCACGCUAAAGAAUCGAGGCUACGCACAGUCCUGCCGCUACAAGCGCUUGCAGCACCGCCACGCACUGGAGUCCGAGAAGCACGUCCUCACGCAACAGUUAGAACAGCUCCAGUGUGAGCUCUCACGCGUCCUGAGAGAGAGGGACGCUUACAAGGCCCGUUACGAAAAGCUUGUCAGUACAAACGAGGCUCCAUCUAGUCGUGGCAGCAACCCAGCCUCACCACCUCCUGAUUACUUCCUCUGAGGACGUACCCCGGAUUGGGGGGGGGUGGGAGGGGGGCAGUCCAAAAGAGAAAGCAUGAGAUGAGAGACCAGUGAAAGAGGAGGUCAGCCUAAAUGAGGCUGUGUCAGUAAUCAGACCUGGGAAGGAUGGGAGGGAGGGUUUGGGGGUGUGCGUGUGUGAAGGCUGGCAGGUAGCUGGCUUAUGACUCAGCCCUAAGUCACUGUGAAUUUAGCCUGCAAUCAGGGGCCACUUGACUGUUCAUUUAGGGAUAGAACCGGGCCCUAGAGUGCUUCACGAACAAAUGGCGGAAUAAUUCAGUCUUGAUAUCACUGUGACGUUCAUAGUGGCUCAAAGAGCCCGCAUCCUGCACCAGUGACAUCCAUGCGUUCGAGGUCAUCCUCCCAAAGAGAACAACGUGAAACCAAGGGCUUGUCCUCCAUAAAUAAGUCCAUUGUAUAAUUCAUUGCCAUUUAUACAAUCAACCUAUCUAUGCACAUUUCUUUCAAGCAGAACAAAUGAAAAGAUUAACUGAAGUCCGGACAAAGGCUGAGUUCAAUCCGUGCCCUGAUAUGCACACUGGGAUAGUACAGGUUGGCUGGGAUCCUUGGGAAGCCGAUGGUCUGAGGAGUGCAGUGGUGCUGGUUGUGUGGUGUAGGGUGAUCUUCAAGUGUCAAUGGCAUGCAGUUGUAAUCUCCGGCUGAUAUUCCACAGUUGCCUACCGAGAUGUUUUUGCUCACCAGAACUUGUUACUCACUAUUCGUCUUUUUAUUUUAAAGAUGAUUAAGCAUAGAGAAUGAAUGUACGAGGUUAUUCCUGUGGUUGUGCUUAAUGAAUAAUUGGUAUAAACACUUGGGUAUGGAGUAGAUGCAUUUUGGGGGGGAAAUGCAAAUGAAUUCAUACUUUGCUUGUUGAGAAUAACAUCCCUUUUUGGUAUACAAAGAAUACAAUACAAUGAAGAAUAAUUGAAGUGUGACACUUGUGAUUGGUGUUUUGUUUAUUGAAAAGAGGAUCAACAGACCUCAAAGAAAGCUCUGCUGUCAACCUGUACUGUAGGAGCUCCACAAUCAAUCAGUUUACCAGUUAAGAUUUGAAGCAAUAGACUGGUGGCUGUGGUUGACUGUAGACGUCGUGGACAAAUCGGGUUUAACAUUUUUUUGAAAAAAGGCAAUGGAAUGCAAAAUGAUCUAUGUGAAUGUGUAUUGUCUUUAAGCUUUAAUAUUAUAAACUGAGGUAUGCUGAAAACACCUUUGUAAGAGAGCUAUAAACCAUAACGCAACAAGCUCCACAGAGCUGGUCACUGUGGAUUCUGAAAGACUGGGGCGAAAUGCAAAAAAUUCAGUCAUUCAAAAAGAUAUCUCAUGACAUGUUACCAGGGUAGCUUUAAAGCUAUUUAUUUUGGCUAGUUGUAGGUUAAUUAAUUGACUUAUCUGUUUUAUUUAUUCACAUAUUUAUUCACAGUAUUUAUUGAUUGUUUAUUCAUGUACCAUUUCUUAUACUUUUCAUUUUACUGGUUGACAAUUUCAUCUACAAGCUUAGUGUGUACUUUUAUUUUCAAGCAGGAGAAAUCAAUAUUUUAAUUAUAUUUUUGAAUAUUUUCAAUAGUACGAUUACAGUCAUUAUUGCCAUCACGAUUUUUGCUCCAAUUGUAGUGUGGUUUCCUAUGAAAUAAAGACAAUAUUUUUACCAUC